CGCUACUUGGAAACGAUGGAAUCUAUGAGCUAUAACAACGCAUCCAAAGCUGAGUAUGUCCAGUACAUAAAAUAUGAGCUCCAGGAGCUGGGUCUUGCUGCUGCGACUCAAGCCUAUGAGAUAAAGACGACCCUCGCCACUCGUCGAGGGGUGAAUGUCUAUGCCUCAUUUUCAGCUCCUCGAGCGUCCAGCUUUGAAACCAUGGUUUUAUGCGCCUCUUGGCUCAGCCUCUCCAUGCAACCUGGGUCCCUUGGUUCCCACAAUAUCAAUAUGCGUGGCGUGGCAAGCAUAAUGGCGUUGGCUGGCCAUAUUCAAAAAUCAUCAUUCUGGGCCCGAGAUGUCGUAUUUGUGAUUAGUGACGGGUUCCUCGAUGGCAUGUUGGCAUUCCUCGAUAGCUACCACGCAUCGCGUACGCCUGGCAUUACUUCGGACCCCCUUGAUCUCGUCUCGGGCGGAGUUAUUUGGACGGCCCUUUGUGUUGACUAUCCUGGGCAUUCCUUUAGCGAUGUCGGCUUGUACUACGAAGGGACAAAUGCCCGCUUACCAAACCAAGAUCUUUUGAACAGCGUAGGAGUGAUAUCAACAUACACUGGUGGAUCUUCGGUCCUCAUUUACGAUCACGAAAUCCCUCGAACCGAGACCCUUGCCGGAACUAUCUCAACGUUCCCUGGACGAACACUCCAAGCAGUGGCUGCUGGCAGCUACUUUGCAAUAGCUCGAACAAUUAUAAGGCAUCUCUCUUUUUCCGCCCUUGGCCGCCCCAGUGGGUUACAUGGACUCUUUCAUCAGUUCCGCAUUGAUGCUGUGACCAUUUUCGCAAAGCCUGCUGAUGGGCCUCAUGGAUUUUAUGCGUUAGGAAAAAUAGUUGAAUCUUCCGUGCGAACCAUGAACAAUUUGCUCGAAAGAUUGCAUGCUUCUUUCUUCUUCUACUUAUUGACUGGUCCAACGACGUUCAUUCCGAUUGGAAAAUACCUUCCGUCCGUGGUUCUCAUUGGCAUUGGCAUGGAACUCAACGGUUUGCAUCGCUGGGUGUCUUCAGGAUGGAAACACCACCCUGAGCAUGGGGCUGUUAACCGAUGGACCCGCCAGCAACGGCCAGUAGCUGUUACCUGCUCCAUAAUAGCCGGCACCCAUAUUUUUGGAUUGCUCUUGUUUCUUGCGAUGACCUACAUCCCUAGCCAAAUUUGGGCGUCCUUCCCAAAACUAUUACUGGUUUCAAUGAGUGCCGCAAUGAAUCUCCCCUCUAUCAUUGGCAUCCUACAUGGACCCCCUAGCCACGCAGCUGACAAAGCAUCCAUUUCGUCAGUUCUCCAUGCGUUGACACUAUGCAUUGCGGGGACCAUAAGUUGCAUCAUCUCGGUCCUCAACUUCAGUUUUGCUGCGUGUCUGGUUGUGCUUCUUGGAAUCCCUUUAUCAAUGAUACCACGCAUGACGAUCAACUCUGCAGGCAGGAUUCUUGGAACAAUUUUUUUCAUGAUGCUCAUGCCCGUCCCUAUACUUCUCUCGACUGGUUUUGUUUGCGAGGCACAAACUAUCAAGACCGUGCUACGAUUGAUAUGGGACUGGCAAGUUUUAGAAUCAUGGUUUCUGCCCUCCGUCUUCUGUAUCUAUUAUCCUCUGGUUGUUCAAGGUUGUUUAGCUAUCAUUCUUAAUCAUUAAAGAACCCCUGUCUUAAUGCAGAAAAAUCCGCCGGGAAUAGCACCCCUUACAAGAGUGGUACAUAGGAAGGGAUAAAGGAUUUAGAGAUCGGAACUUCCGGAGUUCUCAUAAAUCACUCUCC